CAGGUGUAGUUCCUGGUGACAGGUACCAGCGUGGUGGUGGCUCCAGGUGCAGGUGUGUUGCCUACAGGUGCCGUGGUAUUUCCAGAUACUGAUGAGACAAUGGGAGUUGACUGGGUGGGAACUACAGAUGCAGGGGUGGUGACUGUGGAAACUACAGGUGCAGGGGUGGAGACUGUGGAAACUACAGGUGCAGGGGUGGUGACUGUGGAAACUACAGGUGCAGGGGUGGUGACUGUGGAAACUACAGGUGCAGGGGUGGUGACUGUGGAAACUACAGAUGCAGGAGUGGAGACUAUGGAAACUACAGAUGCAGGGGUGGAGACUGUGGAAACUACAGAUGCAGGGGUGGAGACUGUGGAAACUACAGGUGCAGGGGUGGAGACUGUGGAAACUACAGGUGCAGGGGUGGUGACUGUGGAAACUACAGGUGCAGGGGUGGAGACUGUGGAAACUACAGGUGCAGGGGUGGUGGCUGUGGAAACUACAGGUGCAGGGGUGGUGACUGUGGAAACUACAGAUGCAGGAGUGGAGACUGUGGAAACUACAGAUGCAGGGGUGGAGACUGUGGAAACUACAGGUGCAGGGGUGGUGGCUGUGGAAACUACAGGUGCAGGGGUGGUGACUGUGGAAACUACAGGUGCAGGGGUGGUGACUGUGGAAACUACAGAUGCAGGGGUGGUGACUGUGGAGGCUACAGGUGCAGGGGUGGUACUUGCAGGUGGUGCAACUGUGGUAUUUCCAGAAAAAGGUAUUGCUGAUGUGACAUUUGGAGGUAACUGGGUGGAAACUACAGAUGCAGGGGUGGAGACUGUCAAAACUACAGAUGCAGGGGUGGUACUUGCAGGUGGUGCAGCUGUGGUAUUUCCAGAAAAAGGUAUUGCUGAUGUGACAUUUGGAGGUAACUGGGUGGAAACUACAGAUGCAGGGGUGGAGACUGUCGAAACUACAGAUGCAGGGGUGGUACUUGCAGGUGGUGCAGCUGUGGUAUUUCCAGAAAAAGGUAUUGCUGAUGUGACAUUUGGAGGUAACUGGGUGGAAACUACAGAUGCAGGGGUGGAGACUGUGGAAACUACAGGUGCAGGGGUGGAGACUGUGGAAACUACAGGUGCAGGGGUGGUACUUUGAGGUGGUGCAGCUGUGGUAUUUCCAGAUAAAGGUAUUGCUGAUGUGACAUUUGGAGUUGACUGGGUGGAAACUACAGAUGCAGGGAUGGAGACUGUGGAAGAUACAGGUCCAGAUGUUGAGUCAAGUGUUGUGUUGAAGGGAU